GUUCGCAUUACGCUUGUUCUUAAAAUUAGUCUGCGUUCGCAGAUUUAGUGUAACCACUAAAAAUCAAUAUGGCGGCAUUCGGAGGGAAAGAUUUGAGCAAGCUAAAGGUUGCAGACUUGAAAAAAGAAUUGAAGGAAAGAGGCCUACCCCUCUCAGGGAACAAAACAGAGUUAGUGGAAAGACUACAGGAGCACAUUGGGAAUCCAGCUGAUACAGCCCCAGACACUGUAAAAGAUGAUGCCAUAUUAGAUGAAGGUGUAGAUGAAGAAGAGUUGUUGAAAGGAGAUGAUGAGACUGUUACUGAAACUCCAGUGGUAUCAGAUCAACCUACUGAAGCUAAACCAAACGUUGAACCAGGAUCUCCAAGCACAGAAGAACACAAAGCUGUAAAACUAAAGGCAACUGCAGAACUAACAGAUGCUGAGAAGCAGAAACUCAGGGCACAGAAAUUUGGACUCCCUCCUACAGAUACUGAUAAAAAGCUACAGAGAGCAGAAAGAUUUGGACUUCCAGUAAAGAGUCCACAGUCUGCAUCUAAGGUUUCCAGCGAUGAGAAGUUAAAGUCACGCGCUGAGAGAUUUGGUCUUCCAGUUACAUCUCCAACAACCUCACCUACCAGUGGUACCGUCCCCAAGGAUGCCGAUAUUCAAAAACUCAAAUCUAGAGCAGAGAGAUUUGGUGUGACCGUGUCCUCAUCACUUUCAAAGCUUGAAACAGCUGAUAAGAUUCUGAAGAGGAAAGAACGUUUUGGUACAGUGAUAACAGGUCCAAAUACAAAAUCAAACACUAACAGUGCAGAUGAAAUAGCAAUAAAGAAACAGAAAAGAGCUGAAAGGUUUGGCUUAUAGUAAAGGACAUGCUGAAUCUGAUG